AUGGGUAUUUGGCAGCUCAACAUUGAGGCCUAUCAUUGUCGUCGAGACCCAAACCACCCUGACCAAGAGCCCAUUCCCCCUCCCAUCUUUCGACCUGCAACCCUUCUCUUUCCCAACGAGAUGGAGCCUCAGGAUUCAGGCUCCCCUGGUCGACCUUCUCAGCAGGCUCUUCGUGCUGAUUUUGGACGCAUUGGCGGCCUGCAAGCUGGCAUUCUUGCUGAUGCUGAGACGCGUCGUACUCUCGCUGACGUGACCUUCAUGGCCACGAGCAGCUUCAUGGCCUACCAUGUGCUGAAGCCCAUUGCUCAAGCCAAGCCUGUUCAUGCUAUCGGUGCGACUCUGGGCCUGGCAGCAGCCAUGUUCCUUCAUAGUGUUCGUCACUAA